AGCUGGACAGAAUACUUUCAACGGUAAUGAAAUCUCACCAAAUGACAGUGAAAUUAUGAAACGCUUAUGCACAAGUGAUAUACACUAUCCUAAUUUUAAUACAGAAGAAAUUACAGAAAACGGCUACACUCCUAAACGUCCACUGUCUGUUACCAUCAAACGUCAUUGCAUUCAAUUUCCUACACUUAAUCUUAAUGACAGAAAGUCAAGUUUGUCUUCUACCAACUCGUCAAAUGACUAUGAUAAUAAUAAUAAUGACGAUUGUGAUAUAUUUAGUGACAAAAAUAAAAACACCAUAGAAUGCAAAUCUCCCUAUGCAAUAGCAGAAAAUAUACAGACAGACUGCACUUCAAACAAUCACUCUCAUUGGUCGAGACUACAUGUUGAAAAAGACAGAUUACUUGAAAAUCUGAACGUGAAUCUCUCAAAAAAUAACACACCAGUUGACCAUUUAACACUACCAUCAGAUAAGCGUACUACACUGAUCAGAUCAUAUUCAGCAGAUAAUAAUCCUGCCCGAACUCAUUCAAGAAAUAAUUCAUCACCAGCUGGAAUUGAAAGAUCAGAAUCAUUUCAUAAAGUGAUUAAUCAUGUAUCACACAGUGUAAAAUCCAAUCAGAAACCACAGUCGCCUUAUAGUAUUUCUGUGAAUUAUAACGAUAAUAAAUCAGGAUAUUUUUCAUCUCCAAUUUCUCCUAUCUCAGUUAGUGUUUCACUAUCACCAAAAAUAGUACAGAAUGAUUCAAUUCACCUUCCAAAUAACAGAAAGCAUUACGUAUCAUCUAAAGAUUGUCAUCAGCUAAAAACCAAUUUAAGACAGGAGAAGGCUUCAAAUAAACAAUCAGUAAACUUAUCAAGUGUUUCUCCGCAUUUACCAAAAAUUUGUGCAAACAAAAUCUUAUUGUCUCAAAAUAAAUCCAAUGGUUGUUAUGAAUAUGGUGAUGACUCAGGUGAGGAUGUCAAUGAAAAUUGCAGAGUUGACAAAGUUAACUGUACAGUAGGAAAAAUGUCAUUAUCACCUGCAGCCAGACGUUAUGAAGAACAUGUGUUAGCUACAGUUUCUGGAAAGACAUACAAUAAACCUGGACAUCAAGUCUUUUUUAAUAAUAACAAUGUUAAUAAUGGUAUGCAGUAUCAGAAUUUAUUGAAAAAAGUGAAAAUAUCCCCUGACUAUCUACAAAAUAAUAAAUUGAUUACUAAAAAUAAUAAUUGUCGAGAUUAUGAUGAAGAAAGUGACUCAGUUGUUGACGAACUUAAAGAUGACUUGAAUUAUGCAGAAAUUUGGCGUGAAAAACUUGGCGCUAUAACUCGUUGGAAACGUGAAGUAGACAACGCUAUGUUGGCGGGUGAAACAGAUAUUAAAGAGAUUCUAUAUAAUCCAGAAACAUCAAUUUAUGAUAGUCCUGUUGAAAAUAAAUACAGUCUGAUUAAUACACCAACUAAUCUUGAAGUUAAUAAUUACCUACAGCCAUUACCAGUUCAAAUGAAUCCAUUCACUCCAAAUGAAUUAUAUCCAUCACCAAGGGAUGUACAAAGACACUUCCUACCCUGUAAUGUUAUACCAUUAAAACAGUCUCAGACAUUUGUUAAACCUUUCAAUGGAAAUGGGGCAGAACGAUGUCAAAAUGUUUCAUUCAACAAUGUAGCACAGCAAGCAUUCCAGAUAAGACCGGAAGCGUUGAAAAAUUUGACUCCUACCAAUAAUCUCAUUCAGAAUAAUCAAAUUUGUAUGGCGGCUACUCAUCAGAAUUACCAACAGCCGAAUUAUUCUGUGCCAGCAAAGGUUGUCAUCCAUCCCAACAUGGUCGCAAAUGAUUACCUAAAUCAGCGAAACAACGCUCACUUAGAUGGUUCACCACAGUUCAAUCCACAAUAUCAACAAAUAAGGUUAAAAGCACCUAUUCCGCAUGUUUCAACAACAAGACAAAGAGUAAAUUCUGGAGGUGCUAUACUCCUACAACCAAUUCAACAAACACCGAAUCAUACAAACAUGCCCUACUAUACAUCUAAUAUUCCUGUUAACAGAGAAAUAAGUGGCCAAUCACCAACACAUUUAAAGCAUGAAUCAAAUUUAAUUAUUCCAAAUGAAAAAUCCCCCACUAAUGUAGCAAAUAAAAGUCCAACAAUUAGAACAUUUCGAAAUUUUUUCACACCAAAACUUCGUCGUAAAACUUACGAGUUGGAUAAAACAGAACCAGUGGCGUAUAAACAAAAUCUUUUUUCUUCAACAAAUACACCACAAAAUAGUACAGCAGGACAGAUUUUAGGAAAUGAUUCCAGAGAAAAUGUGACAGGAAACAACUUUCCAGUACAAAAUAAUCAGUUUAAAAAGAUUACACCAUCGACCUCAUAUACAGAUGCUUUGAAUCUAGCUGUUGCUGCCAAUGCUGCAUUAUGCGAAGCAUUUCAUCAGUCAACACCUCCUACGGAUGCCUUUCAAAGGACCUCCUCUACCAAUCACAUCACGCCUUUAAAAACACAAAAAUGCAAAAUGCAAACUUCAACGGUUCUUCCAGAAUCUCUCAUUAAUGAUGAACAAGCUUCAAGUGAAAUAAGUCCUUUACCAAAUGAGAUUGUGCAAACAGAAAAUAAAAACAGAUUUUCGCAUGGAGCUAAAUUUAUCAAGCAGCAAAAGAAUAUGUCUCUUUCACCUAUUUCAUCAACUGUUCAAUCCAGCCAAGGCGACAAGUCACCCAUAGGGAAAUGGACAGGUACGAAUAAGUCACAAAAUUUAACAGUAGAACAAAUAUUUAAUACAGAGUCGAAGAAUGGAAGCCCAAAACCAUUGAUCAAUGAUAAGAAACCUAAUGACUCAAUAAACCCAAGUACUGAAACCAGACGCCCUCAAGGUCGUCUCCGUUCUACUCUUCGCCAUGCUGUUACACUUAGUCCUUGCCGCCGUAAACCAGAUUUGCAGUCAGAGCAGUGGAAUGGGGCAUAUUUAGAACCUGGUUCAUUAGCCUUGAGUUCUGGUUUCGUGUCGGCUGGUUCUAUUGUGAAUGCAGCUGAGGAUUCAACUUGGCAGAUGAAUAAAGACGAACGUCCAGGAUCGUCACCUAAAGUGAAAACUAUUCCACCGCCGGUUAAUGUCUACGAUUACCCUAUAGUCACAAAUUUGGAGAAAGAUUUAAAUACAAUCGAUUGUCUAAUCAAUGAUACACAAAAUACACAAGAUGAACACGUUCCACAAAUAAAAUCACAUCAAGAAUUGAAAAUGUCGUCGAACCCUACGAAUAUUAACUCAGUGAAACAGCAACAACCAAUGGUUAAUAGAGUCCCACCACUACAAACUUUACCCCCAUGCAAGUUAUUACUUGGUCGUGUAGCUUCAAAUGAAGAUAUAUGCAUUGAAACUGAAACACCAUUUGCAUUUAAUAUAGCCGCUACUGAUAAAGAGAUUUGUAUUACACGAGUGGCCUCUGUAGGAGAUCUUGAAUAUCAACAACAGCAACAACAACAACAACAGAUAGAGAAUCAAAACGAUCUAUCAUCGGCAAAUGUAGAUGGACAGAAAUAUCAAAAUUCUCAAUCAGUAAAGAAAAAGAAGAAAGGAAUUCCAAUCAGCUUACGUUUAACAUUUGGUUCUGAAUCAAAGCUAAAUAAAUCAACCUCACUGAACACUGCUGGUGAAGAGCAAGCAAUCACAUCACAAAUGAAAAAUUACCGUGCAAUGUACUACGUGGAUAUACCACAAGGUUGCAGAACAGGUGAGCUACGAAGAAAGACAAAUCGGCACAAAAGUGCUUCUAGUGUACCAAAUGUCACACGUUACAGUCUUCCAUGUAUAAGUUAUUGUGAAGAAUUACCCAAGCCGAUUUCAUUACUUCCACCCCUGUCUGUGGAGAAGAACCGGUGAAUGCAUGUAGAGGUGAAGUAAAUAAAUAUAUAUAUUGUAAAAUCUAUCAAACUAGAAUGAUUUACCACAACCCCUUGCUAAAAUGGCAAUUGUAUUAUCACAAAGCAUGCAACGAUUUCUAUAAUCAUGCAAUAAUUUCAAAAACUAGGUUUGUAUAAAUAUUUACAUUAAAACUUUUUUUAUUAAAAUAUCUUACUGCAUACCCUCAUUUUCAUUAAUGCAGUAAAAUAAUCCUAAAAAUAUUAAUACAUAUUUCAUUUCACCCAUUGAAUGAAACUAACCAAAACGAAAUGGUUACGCUUAUUAAACACUUGCUGGUCAAAUGUAUUCACUAUAAAUAUCACUAUUAACAGAUUAUUUCAAUGUCCAAAACUAGGAAAAUUAGGACAUUUAUAAAUAAAUAAAUUACUUAUUAGUGAAAUUUUCUGUGUGAUUUUAUUGGAUAACUUUGUUACCAUCGUUAUAUCACGACGAAACAUUUCUAUUUAAUAUCUACAUAUAUAUGCAUAUGUGUCAUUAUACAGUAACAGAUCGUUUACAAAUGUACUUCGUCUUUUUCAAGUAACAAUGUAAAACAACUACCUUAUACGAAAGAGGAAAUUAUAUAACUCAAAUUGUCUGAAAACACACUGAAGAAGACAAUCGAAUUUCCUUUUCCAUCCUUUUGUCACUUUCAUGAUCAGUUCAGAUUUACUUCCUUCCUUCCUUACUUCUUUAAAACGUUUUUGACAUUCAGAUUAAGAGAAUAAAUCAACAUUGAAUUUUAAUACAAUAUGCAUUCGUGUGUUGUUGUUGUUGUUGCUGUUUGUUUUGAAUAAAAAGUUUAUUUAUCUUAUUUGAAAAAAGC